UCACAGACAGAAAGUAUGUCUAACUACUGUGAUACUUUCUUUGCUAAUAAUACAAGAUUAUUAAUCUGCUGAAAGUUGUAUAAAAUCUCUUUAGAUAAGAUUAGGCGGCGGAGACUCCCCAGCGCUGCUUGUAGCUGAACUACAGCUGUAAAACACUGCCAAAAAUCCUGUGUGGAUCCCCGGUAAGAUGGAUGCUGUACACAAGUUGAAGGUUUUGGUGAUGUUUCUGUCUCUGGCUACUUUCACGGUCAUGGUGAUAAUGAACGCUGGAAAUGCCACUGGGAUAUUCAAAGGUCUAUUCAGGACAACCCCUGGAAACAUCUCAGACAAGUACAGCACUGAUUUCACACCAGCUGGCUGGACUUUCCUCAUCUGGAAUGUCAUCUAUGCCUGGCAGCUCGCCUGGCUUCUCUACACCCUGUCAGGGAUCUGUCGAAGGAAUGAACUUGGACGUGUCUUCAUAAAGCCAGACUUGCUGCCAAUACCUUUUUAUGUGGCAUGGUGUCUGAAUAAUGGCCUCAAUGUUGGAUGGCUCUUUCUGUGGGACCGAGAAUACCUCCUUCCAGCCCUGAUGUUCCUGGUAGUCCUCACUCUUACCACGUGUGCCUCCCUCUUCAUUUCACACCGAGCCUUGAGCAUCUAUUCCUCGUGGUUUGUGAAGGGUCACAAAGCUGAGCUCUGGCUCAUCCGCAUUCUGGUCCAGAACGGGCUGGCACUGUACGGAACGUGGACCACCAUCGCCACUCUGCUGAACUUCGCCGUUGUGCUGAUCUACCAGGGGAACGUGUCCCAUGAGAAAGCAACCACUGCUUCUCUCAGCAUCCUUGCUCUCUGCCUGGUGAUAUGGUUUUACCUAGAAAACUUCUCUCUUGACAAGUAUGUCCGCUAUAACCUCACAAUCUACCCAGUGGUCAUAACAGCUCUGAUUGGCAGCGCAUGCAAGAACAGCUCGUUUUCAUCCCCAAUGACCAACAACAUUUUCAUAGUUGUUCUGCUGGCAGGGACUUCCCUGAUCUUUGCUGUUCGGCUGGGACUAGUCACGUGGAGACACUAUAAGAGACCACUGGAAGCAUCAGGAACCACAGACCCGUCAGGCACAGUGGCCUGAGACCUCUGGCAUGUUGUGGCAGAUACUUGAAAGGGAGAAAAAAGAAUUGGGCAUCUGCUGGUCGUUCCUUCCAGUA